AUGACAAUGAGGGAUGAGGGAGUGGUGGUGGAUGACCAUCAGCUGAGCCGACUGUCCAUCAGUCAUAGUUGUUGUGGACGUGAAAUCAACCAUGAGCUGGUUUUUGCAGCCUCUAGCGGCCAGUCGAGGAACUGCAGCGAGUCAGAGUUCCUCAUGAGACCCGACCCAGAAAACGUGGAGAAUCAUCCAGAGACACUGGAGGAGGAACCAGGGAUUCUUCAUCCCACAUCCUCACACCUUGGAGGGGGAACCUCCGUCUUCUUUUCUUCCGUCUGCAGACUGAGUGGCUGUCACCUCUCAGAGGACAUCUGUCCACUUCUGUCCUCAGUUCUCAGCUCUCAGUCCUCCAGUCUGACAGAACUGGACCUGAGCAACAACGACCUGCAGGAUUCUGGACUGGAGCAGCUGUGUCCUGGACUGGAGAGUCCACAUUGUCACCUGGAGUGUCUCAGGCUGUCAGGCUGUCUGAUCUCAGAGGAAGGAAGUUCUUCUUUGGUCUCAGCUCUGACCUCCAACCCCUCCCACCUGAGAGAGCUGGACCUGAGCUACAACCAUCCAGGGGAGUCAGCAGGGGAGCUUCUGUCUAGAGUGGAGGAUCCCCGCUGGAGACUGGACACUCUCAGGGUGGAGCCUGCUGGACAACGAUGGCUGACACCAGGUCUGAGGAAGUAUUCCUGUCGACUCACCGUCGACACAAACACAGUCCACAGACGCAUCAAACUGUCUGACGACAACAGGAAGAUGAUGUUGGUGGGGGAGGAUCAGUCAUAUCCUGAUCAUCCAGACAGGUUUGAUCAAUAUCUUCAGCUGCUGUGUGGAGAAGUUCUGACGGGUCGCUGUUACUGGGAGGUCCAGUGGAGCGGAGCUGUUUGUGUAUCAGUGAGUUACAGAAGAGUCAGCAGGAAAGGAACCUCUGAUGACUGUGAGUUUGGAAGAAACGAUCAUUCCUGGAGGCUGGACAGUUCUCCAGGUCAUCGGUACCGUGUCCUUCACAAUAAAAGAGAAACAUUCAUCACCUCCUCAUCUCCAUGUCCAGACUCUGGCAGAGCAGCAGUUUACGUGGACGUUCCUGCUGGAACUCUGUCCUUCUAUGAAGUCUCUGACAGACUGAUCCACCUCCACACCUUCAACACCAGCUUCUCUGAACCUCUCUGUGCUGGAUUUACAGUCUGCUGGUCCAGUUCUGAUUCCUCAGUGUCUCUGUGUCCAGUUUAGUCUUCACUGGACCGACAACUUUCACACGCUCAUCCAUUUUCACUUCUCCGCUACUAUUAUUAUCUGAACUAAUUAAAAUAAAAUCUAAGUACAAUUUGAUUAUGACACUUGAUUCCAAAUGUAAUUUUUCAACAAAUUGUAGUAUUUUCUCCUAAAACGUGGUUUAGCGGUUAAUAAACCAUCCAGUUAUCAAAUGUUCAUAAACAGACAUAACUGUGCUGGCGUCUGAUUUAUAAACAUCAUCAUUUCAUCUGGAAUAACCAGAGUAUUAGAUAUCAGAAAUGAAUCUUGGAUUAAAAACAACAUUCUUUCCGUGUCAUGGGUUAUUGAAAGCUCCUUCUUCCACACGGGGAGGUUUUAACAACAUUUAUUCCAAUAACGGCCAAAGAACACGGCUGCGGCUGUGACGUCACCAAGUCCGUCCAAUCAGCAGCAGAUGUCGCUGUUUGACUGAACCACGUGAUCCGAAGCAGCGAGUCCGUGGAACGGAUGGAUGUUUGGUUUCCACAUGUUUCUAAACUUUGUUCUAAACAUGACAGAUGUGGUUCUGGCACUGCAAACUUAUGAAUAAUUAUCAGCAGAGAUUCUACAGCAGAGCUACAACCAGGGACUUUCUGAUGGAAAUAAACAGUUAGGAGCAAUGAACACACACGCACACCAGCUAUUUAUGUUCAAUCAAUGUUUAGGCUACUAAAACUCAGUUUACAGAGUAAACAUACAUGUUUAAAAUAUCGGAAUAUCAUUCAUAUAAUAGUUUAAACAUGUAAUCAUUCAAAUUGUGUUAUUAUAUUAGUCAUAUUUCUAUGAUUACUUUAUAAUUAUUCUCCUUUAUAUUAUAACAUAUUGAACAUAAAAGUGACAUUUAUUUGCCAAACAAAAUAGGUCCAGUUUUCCUACAAAUAUCCAUCCAGAAGUGCAGCUUGCUGAGCCCGAACAGAGAACCAGAUGUUGUGGAGAAAAACACACGGAGGACAGAGAUGAAACAAAGAUGUGAGUGAAACAGUGGAAUUAAAGAAGACAGUGAAAAGACCUCCGAGUUACAUGAAUAUACAGUUAAAUGACCCGACUGAAGACUUCACUAGACAACAGGGCGUCACAGAGUGGGAGAGAACUUCAGACCAACACAAACUACACCUAAGUAAUAAAAGUACACGCUCUGGUGAAACUACAGGAAAAGAAAGGAACAAAAACAUGGCUUGGGCUGCGGAGGAAACUCAUCUCGGCCACUUGUAUCUGUGAUCUUGUCGUUUUGGUCACUACCCAGAGUUCAUGGCCAUAGGUGAGA